AUGUGCCCCAAUGUUUAUAAUCAUGACGGGAGCCCGGCUGUGGUGGCCGUCGACCGGGACAAGCACAGCACGUCGGCUGUAAAAUGGGCAAUCGAGCAUUUGCUCACCAACAACGCGACUCUUGUCAUGGUUCAUGUCAAGACCAGAAACUUGCAUAACCACGGUUCGAAUGGCGGUCAACCGGAAGGUACCGGCGAAUCCAUGGAGGAGGUUUUCGCCCAUUUUCGUGCUUUUUGUGCGCGCAAAAGGAUAGCAAUGCAAGCAGUAAUCUUGGAAGGCACAGAUGUAUCAGGCACACUUUUAGACUACAUAAUCAGCCACCAUAUUACCAAUGUAGUACUUGGUGCCUCAUCAAGAAACCCAAUUUCAAGGAAAUUUUGGACACACGAUGUGCCGACUAUCAUAAACAAGACAGCCCCAGAUUUUUGCAAUGUGUACGUUGUGUCAAAAGGCAAGACACAGUCCGUGAGGCCCGCGGCCACCCGAGUGGCAAACCACUCGACCCCACCACGGCUUCCGGCCCCACAUCUGUCCUCGGGAUCAUCCGUACGUUCGGCGCAUGGCGAGUCAGAGGAGUCUUGCAGUUACAGGGCUUUUCUUGCGAGAGAGCAUCAAAAAACGGCUAGUUCCGAGACGAAUCUGACGAACGGAGCAUUGGAUCAUCAAUAUCACGACACUUACAGUCGGGUGUCGAAGUUGUCGCCCGGUGACGGCAAUGAGACCCCCAAUUGGUGGUCGAAAACUUCGUCUUACGAAUCGACAACCGAGGCUUCCAGCCGAGGCUCUCCGUACUCGUCCAGUUUCUUCUCAACCGAUAACGACUCGACAGUCGACCACGAGUCAAGCGCGUCAUUUUCCUGUGCCGAGCUGAGGAAGAAGGACAGGCCGGAUCUUGCAAAGGUUAUAUUGCCGGAGCUCAGCCGGCUCAAGGACAUGGGGAUGGAGAAUUUGUCCAUCAGCCACAAGAAUCCCAGCUAG